AUGUCUGAACUAGAGCAGAAUCUUCUCUCAAAUUCAAUAGGAAUUAAAACAUAGUUUUAACAUGAAAUAGAGGUACUUAAACAAUUGUAUAUGAAAGAAAAUAAUUGAACUUAUAGAUAACCUUAAAUAAAUUAAUGAUCAAAUCCAAUCUACAUAAAUAUCUGAUUAGUAAUUAAAAAAUUCUAAUAGUAUAGAUAAAGCUCUAACCUUUUGCUCAUUAAGCAGACAUUUAAAAUUAAAGCUGAUAAUAUUAAAUAAAUAGUAACAUCUUUAGAGAAAAGUGUUCGUGGUAAUGAAUAAAGAAAUAUUUUAAAUAAAUAAAAGUAGUCAUAUUAAAAAGAAGUAGAAAGAUAAAAAAGAAUUCUAAAGAGCUUUAUAAAUUCUUCAUUUGAAAAAAGAUUUUCUCGAAUCUCUAUAAUAAGAUAGUCAAAAGCAAUUGGAUAAGAAACUUAAACAGAGUAAUUAAAAUAUUUUGUUGAUUAAAAUUAUGUGAGAAUUGUUCCUAAAGAUGAAAGAAAAAAAGAAGAAAGGGAGAGUAAAUAAUAUUCUUCAGUUUAUGCGGAAGAGAAUUCAAGAGUAAAAGCAAUUUCAAUAGAUGAAGAAUUUUUAGAGAGGGAUAUGAUAGAUUUAGAAAAUAUGCUGAUUGAUGAAAGGUAGAAAGAAUUAGAUGAAAUUGAAAAAGAAGCAUUUUAGCUUAAUUAAAUAGCAAAUUAGAUGGGAAGCACUGUUGAUUAAUUAGAGGUAUAAUUAGACAUUGGAAAGUCAAAUAUAAGUUUAGCUAAGACUAAUGUAAUAGCAACAUCUAAAGAACUAGUUAGUGUUGAUGUUUAAUAAAAAAGGUUAUUCAAAAAAAAAUAUUAUUUUAUUAUAGGAGUUCUCAUCUUAGCAAUAGUAGUAUUGAUAAUUUUAUUAAUUUUAAUCAAUUGA